AUCCAUCCCAGGUCAAACAAGACCACUUUCUUUCUUUCUUUCUUUCUUUCUUCUUUUUUUUUUUUUUUCCCUCUAUUAAAUAACACCUGCCUAUUACUGCCCAUAAUGACAGCAAAUGAUUUUUUAGGCUCUCUUGGAUCUGCUGUGGUCAACCCUCAGGAUUCUCACAGCGCAGCACAAUUUUCUCUUAAUUCAGCACUAUCUACCCCAUGGUCAUUUGUUUGCCCGACAACUGAAUUACAUACCACAGUUGUUGAGACUGCUAAGCGCUUUCUGGAUACACUUGCUGUUUCUAUAAGUGAUUCCCAGUCUCCCCAUCAGCAAGGUAACAAAAAGCGCAAGAGGUCGGAAAUCGAACAAGAACCUGCGGGUCAAAUUUUACAGCUUAAGCAAUUAUAUGUGGAGGGGUUCACACCAGAUCAGAUUUGGGAGCAGGCAACACGAAUUCUUGAUUUUGCUGGACAGGAAGUUGAGCAUGAUUAUGCUCGAAGAUCUCUGUAUUUUAAAGAGAUCUCAUCUCAAGCAUGGCCUUCAGAAGGGUUCGAUGAUGAAAGUUUUGGGUCCAGUGAAUCAGAGCGCGACAAUAAAGCACAUAUCGAAGAAGACCACUCAAGCGCCGACAAUAGCGAUGACGCAAAUAUGGAGUCGGUAUCAGAGACCGAGGACCCGACCCACAAUGAAUCGGAUGUGCAGAGCAGCAUGGAGGAAAUCGACGAAUAUUCGGCUUCGGUAGAAUCACACGACGAAAGCAACCGUGAUACAUAUACACAGGAUCGAUUUGGCUUAAACGAUGGCUUCUUUUCAAUCGACGACUUCAAUAAGCAGUCUGAAAUGUUUGAAAGGGAGGAUGCCAAAGGUGGACCGAAUGAAGAUUCCGAAAGCGAUGAGGAAGAAAUUGAUUGGCAUGCAAAUCCUCUUGCUGCCGGAAAUUCGAAGUCUUUUGUAAAAGAGUUGGGAUCAAACAACAAAAGCAACGUUGAAUAUGAUGAUAUGAGUGAUAGUGAUGAAGGUCCUACAUUCGGUAACGCAAACCUCCAGGGACAGUCAGAUUCUGAGGAUGACGAAAUCAUCUAUGGCGAUGGUCAGAAUGGUACGAGCUGGAUCAACACGAGUGAUAUCAAGUACUCCGAUUUCUUCGCACCACCACCUCGAAAGGUCGCGUCUAACAAGACACGCCCCCUCCCAAAGACCCAACCAGACACAAUUACUCUCGAGAACGAUGUGAAUCGUGCUAUGGCUGAUGUGCGUCGAGAUUUGUUUGAGGAUGAGGCUUCAGGUGAAGACGAAGGUCUCUCAAAUGAUGAUGCCAACCAUACCCAGGACCAACAAUCAACACACGAGAAGCAACGCGCACGUAUUGCGGAUGAAAUCCGUCGUCUAGAAGCAGCCAAUGUCGCCAAAAAAGAAUGGAUGCUUGCUGGUGAAGCCCGAGCAGUCGAGAGACCUGUGAACUCUCUAAUCGAGGAAGAUUUAGACUUUGAGAGGAUUGGAAAGCCUGUCCCUGUUGUCACAACAGAGGUCUCCGAGGAUAUUGAGGAACUGGUCAAACGACGUAUUCUUGCCAGAGAGUUUGAUGAAGUCAUUCGUCGUCGCCCUGGCGUUUCAGACCGGCAACACACGAGAAAAUCCAGGUUCGAACUUGAGGACACUAAACCACAACAAAGCCUUGCGGAGUUAUAUGAAAUCGAUCAUCUUCGUGCUACUGAUCCCAACUAUGUUGACCCUAAGAACCAGAAGUUGAUGCGGGAGCAUGCAGAAAUUACCAACUUAUGGGGGGAAAUAAGCUCUCAGUUGGAUACGCUUUCUAACUGGCAUUACAAGCCCAAAGCACCACAGGCCAACAUAAAUGUUGUCACUGAUGUGGCAACAAUUAUGAUGGAGGAGGCUCGACCGGCGGUUGGCGGUGCUGUAAAUGGAUCGGCAGCCCUUGCACCACAGGAGAUCUAUACACCUGGUGAUGGUAAAACCGCUGGAGAGCGGGUGUUGAAGAGUGGGGCAUCUAUUGCGAAGGAAGAGAUGACCCGUGAAGACAAGGCUAAGCUCAGACGUCAACGCAAGAAGAACCAGAGGAAGGCCAAUGCCGAAGCCCCCGGAGACCAACCUGGGAAAUCUGCAGAAAGACAACAACUGGUGUCCGACUUGAAAAAGGGAGGCGUCAAGCUCAUUGGCAAGCAAGGCGAAGUCACGGAUAUACAUGGCAAAGCGAAUGGGACCAACGCGAAGAAUGGCACCGACACACUGAAGUUGUAACACCUACUCCAAUUAAAUAAUACCUCUUUCGCCUUUCUUGGUUACCUCCAUGCCAAUUUUCAUGCGAUAUAAUUUCAGCCUCGAUACCAGAGUAUUGGCCUGAUUUUGCUUCUCUAUGUUUUCUAAAGCACAGGAUCCUCAAAGCCAAUACCUCAAUCCCUCUCACGACUAUCCCUUUUGCAUGAUUUUGAACGUAUUGCGUAGAGAAAAAGAUUUUCUCGUCUGUAGAUAUCCACAUCAGGGUCAUCAUGGACCUCCUCAAUGUCGAAUGCCUUUUUUGCCAUUUUUAUAAAACGAAGGUCCGCUCGUCUACGUCUUUUG